AUGCCGUUUCCUUUUGUUCUUCCGACGACUUCUUCUUUCUCCUUCUCGUCAAGCUUCAGCUCUGAUACCCAUCCUUCACUGCCCCUCAACGCGAGUACGUAUCGCGGGGUAGUACGCGAUAGCUUAAAAAAGCACAAAAGACUCCCACCAAGCUCUCAAAUCUCGAAUAUCAACACAGUAGUAUCUAGUGUUAACAAAUAUCUCCCCUAUCUGCUACUGGUGGACGAAGGUUUAAGCAACAAAGGCACGGCAAUUGUUAACCUCAAGACUCCUCCAGUCAUCGAAUGGAGGCCAACGUUAUCAGGCGAAGUCGUCCCAGGGCGUGAGAGGGCCAGGAUCAAGAUCUCGUCUCUGGAACAUGAGAUUGGGUUUGUAGUCUCAACAUUGGGCUUCUCGCAUGUUCUAGCAUCCCGGUCCGCCCUACAACCUCUCUAUUCUACCAGCAGCGAGUUCCUUGGAGCCCAGGAGCGAACAAACGCAGUUCAAACAGCAACAAAAUCUCUACUUGAAGCUGCUUCAGUAUAUGACUACCUUGCAAAUCGGGGAGAGCACGCUACAGUCAGUCCGCCAUGUCCUGAUGUCUCCCAAGGAACAGCUCGAGCCCUGUCUUCUCUAGCCCUGGCUGAAGCCACAUUACUUGCUGUCCUCAAAGACGACCCAUACCCGGCAAUAAUUGCGCAAGACCGUAACAAAAACGAUAAAGAGUGGAUGUUCAAGGCCCCUGAAAUCCCAAAGGUUCGCGCUCAUCUGUAUGCUCGACUUUGCCUAGCGGCCUCAGAACAUGCAGCCAAAGCAUCGUCUUUGUGUAGCACAGCAGGAACCGGAUCACUCAAAAUCAACAGCGCCCUUCUAAGAUACAUAGAAGAUCUCCGCCGAACAUGUCGAGCUCGGGCCUGUCGUUUCUUCGGGAUUGAUGCUGAGCUAGGUGGCCAAGUUGCAGACGGUAUUGGAUGGGUUCGCGCCGGUCUGUCAGAGUUGGGCGUCGAGCCCAAGGAUCACAGUAAGAAGAGCGGCCUCAGCUUCAGCAAAUUAAAGAAAGACAUCUCAGAAAAGCGUGAAGACCGGCGAGUCGAAAAAGAGGCUGCCUGGGGAAGUGAUGCAGGCAAGUCGGAGGAAAUAAGAGUACUGGAGAUGCUCGACAUCAAGUGGAACAAAGUCAAUGAUACGAUGAACACGCAACUUGUCCCUCCCAUCAAUACUCUUCUCAGCAAGAUGCCAUCGGGGCGAGAGAUUCAUACGGUGAAGCCUUACGAAGUCCCUUCACUAGACAGAGACGUGUUGGAAGGCAUGCGCGCACCGCCAGAGGAAGAUGAUGCAUAUGUCGAUGAUUUAAGUUCAGAUGAUGAUAUCAAGGGCGAACCUUCAGCACCGGUUGGUGCGUUCCCAGGAACUGUACACGACUACUCGCGGAGUCCUAACACGCCAGGCAAUGCAUACUAUUAG